AUAAAAAAUAGAAAAAGUAGACCUAAAGCAAAGCACAAAAAUACGAGAAAAAUGGCAGCGAUCAAGGAACCUGCAGUGCCCAACGGGCCUAAAGAGAUGAGGAAAUCGUUUCAAUAUCCAGGUGAUAUACCCCUUGAGUUAUAUGACUGGGUUCCAGCUCAGCAGGAAGGAUUCAGGGAAAAAUUGAUCAAGAAACUGAAGCAGAAUCCAUUCGUCCCAAUCGGUUGCCUGGCUACUGCGGGAGCCUUGACGUAUGGACUGGUCAUGUUCAAGCGAGGCAACACAGCCAGGUCCCAGACCAUGAUGAGAGCUAGGGUAGCAGCCCAAGGGUUCACCAUUGCAGCCAUACUGGUAGGCGUUGUCAUGGGAGCAGGAAGGACAACGCCCACUGAAGGACCAAAGUAAAGGACUCGUCUUAUCUCCGGGAUCGCACAAAUGAUAUUUUGCUAUAACUGUGGAGAUUGAGAGUUGAAUAGCGUGAAGUAAUUGUGCUUCCUAAUAGACUGAUUGACUUUUAAGAACAUGCCAACAUCGGUCCUAAUUAGGGGCUAAAUAAGGGCUCCUAUUGUAUAAAGGUGAUACAGUAAUUGCCAUCAUCAACAGGUCUUUUGCCAUCAUGUGUGUUGACGGAGGAUAUUGGGAGCUUGGUCAACAUUUUCCUUGUUGUGACACAAGGUUUUGUUUUUGUUCAGUAAUCUAAUACAAAUGAGAAUGAAGGAGAAGGUAUAUCUUCAGUGUUGCACUUAUUUUCUUAACUAUCACAGCUUGAUGCAUCUUUUACCAAAGCGAAUAAUCUACAUCUAAAGCUGUAUGAUAGAAAUGAUGACUUUUAACAACAGCCAACGCCAAAUGUGUUUGGUGUACACUGUCCAUCGUAAUGUUGAUAAAGGGAUCCUUUUGCCAGAGUAUGUAGAGUUGGACUUCAAAUGAGUGCAGCAAAGGAGCUCUAUGGGUGAUGAAUGAGUGAGACAAAAUAAACACAUUGUGACUUCACGGCCCUGUCUUACAUAGAGUUGCAAUCGAUCCAAUGUAUUAAAUUUAACAUGAUAGUGUUAGGGUUGAUCCAUUGCAAGGCGGGGCCUAUGUCUUGCAAUUUUGUAAGGUAUUGGAAUUUGCAAGAAAAAAGUUCUUAGAUUUGCAUACACAGUGCGAUCAAAGCUUUCAGAUAAGAAGUUGCUGUCUCAUUUAAUUAAAAAAAAAAGUCAUUGAACAAAUUUUGAAGUCAUUAAAAGGCUACAAGCAUCUCUGUUAAAUGCCUUAUGAAUGAAUUAUGUAAGAGGCAUUUGUAAGGUUCUCCAGUACAAUACUUGAAGACUUUAGAUUCUCAAAGUUUCAUCAUGAGAAAUAACUGAUUCACAACAUACAUUUUUUGCAAGUGGUGAAAGUUCUUGCCUGGCCAUGAAAUUUGCAUAAUCAUUGUUUUCCUGUAGAAAAUUGUUGUUUCUAUUUUUUUUAAUUUUUUUUUUACAUGACUUUCUGUAGGAAAUAUCAGCUUACAUAUAAGGAUAUUAAUGUUGCUGUGAUGAAGAAAAAUAUCGUCAUUCACGUACUGGUAGCCUUUUUAAGAAUCUUAUCAUUAUUUUAUUUUAUUUUUUAAGCAUUUGGCAUCACCUGUGCAGGGGAGAGGAAAAGCAUAGUGAAAUACUGUUAUCUUGUUUCUGAUGGGAAUAUACCAGUAAGCAAAAAAAGUACUUUAUGUUGAGUAAUCAUGUAUUCAUCAAUUAAAAAUAUGUUGAACUGACAUGAUUUGGCAAAUUAUAUAGCUUUUCUUUUUCCUCAGUGCUUUCUUCCUACAUGGGAGUCAUUGUAUAAAGGAUGACAACAAUUACAAUGAUACAUGUAUGUGAGGGUCUUGCUUUGAACAACAGACAGUUAAAUAUUUAACUUUACAUUUAGGCAGUGUUAAAAUAAUGUUUUGUACAGGAGCAUUUCAGAUUUUGAUUCUA